AUGCCUUCUCCAGCUACUCACUAUCGACGAAGAAGUGUCCUUUUAAGUCAAAAUAUAGGAAAAUCGAGUAAUUUAAAAUUUCAGUCAUCAAAAAAAAAUACUUGUACAACAACACAUAAUGAGCAAUCAUUGAUAAAACAGAAUGGUUUCAAUCGUCGUUCUGAACCAACAUUACGUGAUAUUGCUGUGACAGCUAUGAUUUUUAAGAUUCGUCGGUUGCAAAAUAAUCAAGACAUUAAUUCAAUUUGUAAACUACUUGAUUCAUUAUCUGUUAAAAAUGUGCCGAAAAAUAUGAAGUCAAUUCAGAAACAACUACACAAAGAUUUUGACUUGAAAGAUCUUUCUAAAUGCUAUUAUGUAUGUGGUGCUUGCGGAACAUCAAAUUUAGAUCAUAUAGUUAAAUGUAAAUUAUGCAAUGAUACCAGUAUUUUUAAAUUUUAUUCAUGUUCGAUGAAGCAGCAAAUUCAACAAAUGCUAUCCAUAUUUGGAAUUUUUACUAAAUUAAAAGAAGAAAAACUACAAAAUAUACACUUGUUUUCUAGUACAAAGUAUGGAGAAAUUCUCCAAGAAAUUGAAGAGAAUGCAUUUACUUUAAUGGUCAAUUUCGAUGGAGUUUGCACUCCAAAUAAAAAUUUAUCCUUAUGGCCGUUCGUCUUUUGUUUUAAUGAAUUACCAAUUCCAGAUCGGCGGUAUUUGGAAAAUAUAAUAAUUGCUGGAAUUAUACCAGCCGCAAAAAAACCAACCAAUGUUGUAACUAAAACCUGUUUAGAUAUUAUCUGUGCAGAACUAAUGCAAUUAGAACUUGGACAAGAAUUCUACAUCAGGGAUAUUGAUGAACGAAAAGUUCUUCAUUUCUAUAGCAUAGCUAGUUGCACAGAUCAACCAGCUGCAGCACUAUUAGAAAAUGUUGUACCGUAUAAUGCUGAGUAUGGUUGUCCUAAAUGUUUUCAUACAGGUGAACUAUAUCAUGGACAACGGAAGGCUGGUGCAAACGAAAUUAAAUUUACAAUACGUGUUUAUCCAUUUAUUGAUUAUCAACUUCGAACACAAGAACGAUCCCUUCAAGCUAUUCAAAAACUAAUUGAUUCUUCAGUACAAGAUCAGGAUACGGCUUUGAAUCGUAGCAACAAACAAGUAAAAUCAAAGACAAAGAAAAAGAAAAAAGAGAAAAAAAUAUCUUCUUAUGGUCAUCUUGGUUAUUGUCCAUUAACAAAAUUAAAAUAUUUUAAAUAUGGAACAUCUCUCCUAACAGAUAGUCUGCACACAAUAUAUGGUGGUGCAUUCAAGCAAUUGCUAAAUCUUCUAUUUGAUUCAAGAUAUCGUCAGAAAACUUGGUCGUUAUUUAAGAAAAUACCGCAGAUAGAUGAUUUAUUGGCAGUAGUUCAAAUUCCAUCAACAACACAACGUCGAUUUCGGUCACUCAAGCACAUUUCUAAAUACAAAGGAAGUGAAUUUCGUUGUUUGUUUCAUUUUGGUUUAACAACGAUAGUACAGUGUACACAUGAUAAUUCACUAAAAAAUUUACUAUUAGCAUUUCUCACAGCGAUUAACCUUGCAUCAGCUAAAUAUGUCACAAAUGAAAGUAUUGAAGUUGUUAGCAUAUUAUUACACUAUUUUGUGAAACAAUUCCAAUUAAUAUUUGGUUUACGUCACAUGAGUUCAAAUAUUCAUUCAGUAUUACAUGUUCAUGAAAGUUUAAAGUUUAUGGGACCGUUAUGGUUUUAUUCAACGUUUUCAUUUGAAGGAAUCGAUAAAGACUUGAUAAGUACGGUACAUGGCACAACUGAGUUCGCCAAACAGCUUAUUCGACAACAUAUUUUAUAUCGUGAUGCUAUUAUUCAACAUAAUAAUGACCGUUUUCCAAGGGUAUUAUUUACAUUUAACGAACACUUAAUGAAUCGAAAACAAACAAAAAUUCAUUAUAAAAAUUUUGCUGAUUCAUGUUAUUUGCCGUAUCCUGUAUCCGAAACAUUAUAUGAUAUCAGUCCGAAUGGUAUCGCAACCAAUGUUCGAUCGUUUUUUAAAGAAGACAUAACUUUUUAUCAUUCUAUAACUGUAUCAGGUGUCUUACUGAAAACUACUGUCAUGACUCUUGGAAAAUUAGUCAGUGAUAGUUGUAUUACAUUUCAAUUUGCUGACGAUCAAAUACGUUAUGGGCUUAUUAGAGCUAUCAUUAAGUCGAAAAAGAACGUUGUUCGUUUAUUCAUCGAAGAACUCAUAAAAAAGAAAGCAGAAGAAUCAAACUUCAAUUUUAAAAUAAACGAUGUACAGUAUCAUGUGCCAAAUAUACAUCGACUACGACGUUCAAACAUUUUUCAUUUGAAACAUCCGAAAUGGAUUCUAACAAAAAAUGCUGUUAUAUGUAAACCUAGUAAUCAGAUCAUUGUUUUAGAAUAUCCUAACUUGAAAGACGGUAGUUAA